AUGGAUAUUAUAAAGGGAAAUCUAGAUGGAAUUUCAAAACCACCCUCACCUUCAAGAACACAUCCUGGGAGAAGAAGUUCAAAUGCUUCUUUGGAAGUGCUCUCACCUGAACCAGGGUCCUUCAUGGUUGAUACUGCAAGCAAAUUGAACUCUGGCAAAGAGGACCUCUCAGAAAGCAGGAAUACAGAGGAAAGUAGAAACAAUGACAGUGACAAAGGGGAAGACAACUCUGAGAGUAGAAAAUUGGCUGAGCAGGAUCUGGACUUUGCUCAACAUCAGAUAAUCCCUGAGUGUUCAGAUGAGCCCAAAUUAAAAGAAUUGGAGUCUCAACUUCAACAUGCUAUUCAGAAAAUGAAGAGACUUGAUAAAAUAUUAGUAAAGAUAAAACACAGAGAAAAGGAAAUUAAGAAGCAAGGUCUAGAAAUGAGAAUAAAGCUGUGGGAAGAACUUAAGUCUGCAAAAAAUACUGAAGCUUUGCAAAGUAAUGAGGAGUUGGAAAAUACAAAAAAGUUUUUAUCUUUGACUGCUGCAUCUGAAGAAACUUUUGAUCCUUCUUGUUAUGAGGAUGGAGACACCUUUUUCUCAGUGUUUCACACUCAAGUCCCUCCAGAAGAAUAUGAAAAGUGUAUGCAGAAUAUCAAUCAAGAUUUUACCUAUGAUGUGGAAAGAAAUGCGUCAUUGAUUAAAGCAGAAAAGAAACCUUUCUCAAAUACUGAAAAGAUUGAGCCCAGGGGUAAACACAACCAGGAUUUUAUUAAGCGAAACAUGGAGUUGGCCAAGGAUUCAAGAAACCCAGUGGUUAUGAUUGACAGAGAGAAGAAAAGGCUGGUUGAACUUCUGAAGGACUUAAAUGAUAGAGAUUCGGGGCUGUCUAGUUCUGAGAGUGAUCAGUCUGGCUGGCUGGUCCCAGGAGAAGGAUAUACACUUGCAGCCACCCAGAAUCAGCAGCUUGCUGAAAUUGAUGCAAAACUCCGAGAACUCUCUGCAGCUUCCCCCCAAAUGUCCAGCUUUUCUCCAAGACUUAAAAAUCAGAAUAAUCAGGAACCUCACCUUGACAAUGAAAGAAGUAUGGAAAUAGUUCCAGGAGAAAAGGCACUUCGGGACACCAAAGAGGAACGGGACCAACAAAAUCGCCUGAGAGAGAUAGAUGAAAAGCUGAGAAAGCUGAGGGAAAAUGUGUUGGAUUCCACAUCACUUCUCUCUGAGGAACAGUUAAAGUGUCUUCUGGAUGGAUGCACACUCAAACAAGAAGCCAUCAUUAGACUUUCUCCAGAAAGAGAAAACAAAGACAUUGAGGAUACAACCACUGAGUUUUCCCAGCUUUCCAGAUCCAUCCUUUCUGAAUUACUAAAUGAGUCAGAAGCAAAGGUUCAGAAAAUUAAGGUAGAAGAUGCAAAUGUGCUUGAGAAUGCAGAAUGUGAAGCACCUAAAGACUGUUAUCUCACUAAAGCCUUGACUGGGCUUUACAUGUCAGAAGCUCUUGUCAUUGAAGUAGAAAAUAUAAAAUGCCUCCAGUUUUCGAAGGACGAGGUUAUCAGUGACACCAAAGACUAUUUUAUGUCGAAGACUCGUGGCAUUGGGAGACUGAAAAGGCCCUCUUUCUUGGAUGAUCCACUGUAUGGUAUCAAUGUGAGCUUUUCAUCAGAAGACCAACAUCUGAAUCUCAGCCCUCCAGAAAAACUAAAAACAGAAACAGAACUGAACUUUGAAAAGGAUUCAGUAAUUGACAUCUAA